AUGAGGCUUCAUCGGACUCUGUCCGGCCUGGCUUCUCCGCACAAAACAAGAACCUGCCAAGCCCACAGGCGAGUGGGCAACACAUUGCGUCCGACUAAAGCUCUAAAUUUGCAAAUUAUUUCGACAUCGGUCGUUUAUCUCAUCGUACCGCUUGCAGGCUUACAGACACCUCAUUAUCUCCACCCAAACAUGACUUCACAGUACCCUAGUUUUGAUUCUCUCCCCUUCGACAAGAACGGCCCGCAUGGCAAUGCAUGGGGCCUUUGGGGUCCUGACGACCAACUCGGGACGCUGAAUCAUCUGACAGAUGAAGUUGUUCGUAAAGCGGCCGAGGAAAACAUCAAGACGGGCUCCAGAGUGUCGUUGAAUUGGUCGAUGACUGGGGCGUCAUAUCCCAAGUUUGCUCGCAAGCUUCUAGACUUGCACUUGAUCAACAAGGCCCCUCUCAAGCAUGCGCAUGACGAUGAGUGGACGUUCAACUCUCAGUGCAGCUCACAAUGGGAUGGAUUCCGGCAUUAUGCCUAUCAAAAUGAAGCGUUGUAUUACAUGGGUCGCACUGCUGAGGAGUUUGCCGCUUCAGACCAGCCAAAUAGUGUUCAUCAUGUCUCAGCCAAGGGUAUUGCUGGCCGCGCCGUCUUCAUCGACUGGUAUGCCUGGACUGAGAACCAGGGCUUAAAAGUGGAUGCCAUGUCUUCUCACGAGGUUCCAUUUUCCGAAUUGGUCGAAGCCCUCAAGUUUCAGGGCAUGGAUCUCGACGUUUUCAGGCCUGGCGAUAUUGUCGUCGUUCGCUUUGGGUAUCUGGAGCAGUACGAGAACAUGAGCCAGGAGAAACGACAACACCUCGACAAUCUCUACAAGACUCAGAAGCCCGACAACAUUGGUCUCAAACCAUCCGAAGAGCUCUUGCAAUUCCUAUGGGAUAGAAAGAUUGCUGCCAUUUGCGGUGACUCGCGCUCUCUGGAGGUAUGGCCAUGCAAGGAUGUCGAAUGGCACCUGCAUGAGUGGCUCCUGGCUGGCUGGGGCAUGCCCAUUGGGGAAUUGUUUUACUUGGAGGAACUGGCCAAGAUGUGUAGCUCCUCGGGGCGAUACACUUUCUUCAUGUCAAGUUCUCCGAUGAAUGUACCGGGUGCCGUAGCAAGCCCCCCGAAUGCACUAGCGUUUUUCUAG